AUGGAUGAUUUUUCACUAGCCUUCGACGACAAUCGUCAGUCGCUGUCGGUUGCAACGGCUGCCACCACGCUAGCACAGCUGACAUCCCAGUUCGAUGAUCUCCAUCUUGGGAAUGGUGAUGUGGCAACGGCCAGCCUACUGAACGGUCUGGUGGGCAGUGGGCUCAGCAGUAUCAGUGGCUUACACAGUCAUCAUCACCAUACGCUUGCAUCGCUGGCCGGACCGGAUGGUGGGCUGAUCGAUCGGCACCAUCAUCUGAACGGUGGAAUUGGCAAUGGCUGCAGUACUGGUGGUACCGGUGGUGGACAAACGGGCAACACGCCCACGAACGUUCUGGAUACGUUUGUGGCGAUGGUUAGCGGGCUGACUGGUGUGUGUGCGAAUGGCGGUGUCACGAAUGGCGGUGGGAACGGUAUCACGCAACAGGGUGGAGGUGGUGCUGGCGGGAGUGGUGGUGGUGGCGGUGGCAAUAACACCACCAACACAAGCAACUCCCUGACCAGCGGCAACAGCAAGCUCGAGGAGCGUCCGGUAAAGUACAAGUCGCACACCGAAUGUGUCCCAGUACCAUCUUCCGAGCACGUGGCAGAAAUCGUUGGCCGACAAGGAUGCAAGAUAAAGGCACUGCGGGCUAAGACGAACACCUUCAUCAAGACACCGAUCAGGGGCGAAGAACCGAUCUUCGUCAUUACCGGCACGAAGGAGGAUGUGACGCGCGCGAAGCAGGAAAUCCUAUCUGCGGCCGAUCACUUCAGCACGUUGCGUUCGUCGAAGAAGCAGGCAAUAGCGCUGCUGGCCGAGAGUCGCAAUAUGCUCGGAUACAGCAUGCCGGACGAGAUCACGAUCCAGAUCAGGGUGCCGCAGAAGGUGGUAGGGUUAGUAGUCGGUCCGAAGGGUGCCACGAUCAAGAACAUUCAGCUCAAGACAAACACCUACAUCAUCACGCCGAAACGCAACCAGGAGUCGGUGUUUGAGAUAACGGGGCUGCCGACGAACGUACAUACGGCCCGGCAGCUGAUCGAAGAACACAUCGCAACACGGGCUGGCACAACGUCGGCUUCCGCCGGUGGUGGUGGCGGUGGCAACGGCGGUGGAGGUAGUAGUGCCGGCAGUGGUUCGAGCAGUAGUAGCAGCAGUAGCAGCACCACCAGCUCCAGCGGAUCGUCUUCCUCCUCGUCCGGGCAUGGUAUCGGUACGGGCGGCCUUAGCCGUUCCGGUUCGUCCAGCGUUGCCAGCAAUGGCAAUGGGCCCAACUUGGGCUGCCUGUCGGGUAGCGUUACCGGUAGUGCCGGCUCACUAAUCGGCGGCUUUCUUGGUGGGGCCGGUGGCAACGGUCUGCUGAAUGGGAACCAGUACCAUCACACGCACCAUCACCAUCAUCUGCAGGAGCAGCAUCACCAUCAUCAGCAACAUCAUCAUCAUCAUCAUAAUAAUCAUCACCAUCAGGGGACGCUACUGACUAGUGGCCUGUCGAGUGCCUUGAACGACGGUGGUAGUAACGGUGGUCUGCUCGGUGGUAUCGGUGAGCACGACUUCGAGGGCAAUCAGUUCAUCAUCGAGAAUCUGCUCGAGUACUUCAACAACAUGUCCGGCACGAACGCGUACAGCUCGCCAACGUCGAUGGGCGGUACCGGGGGUGGACCGGGCAGCGGUACCGGUGUCGGCACGGAACACAUUCCCGACUUCCGCAGCAUCUGGGAGAACCUGAGUGAAAGUCAAACGUCCGGCACGACGACCGAUACGGACAAUUCGUCGCUCGUCUGGACGCUGCCAUCCUCGCCGAGAAACUCCGUGUCUUACAGUCCGGAUGACUUUAUAUUUCAACGAUAAU